CUGUGCAUGAGCACCCCAACACUGGCUUCUGGGGUCCCAUGUGAUGACAGGAUCCAAACGGGAACAGAGGUCGAUGGCCUCUUCGGUGACGGUUCCGCCCAAUGGUCGGUAAUCACCAUUCUUGGCUUGCCUUUGGGCUUGGCUGGGGGGGCGCAUCGGCAACAGGGGGGCAUGGAAUUCACAAACGCCACGACGUCUGGGUCAUUGCUUUCCAUAAGCCGCCUUUUUCCAACACAACAUGCAUGGGGAAGCGCGAGCGCGAGCGGCUGAACUCCGGCUUGUUUCGACCGCCAAUCUGCUCGGGAAAGCCCAUCACGCUAACUAACGAACGAGAGAGGAGACGAGUCCUCUCCGAAGUGAGCAUGCUGGCAUGCUACCUGAUUCAGACGCAAUCUUCGAGGCCCAAGCGGGAGAGACGAGUGGAGGCUCGCCUCUCCAACCAAGGUGUCAAGGAUGAACGCGAGACGUUGUGCCACUUUCAUCAACAGACCUGCCAAGCCUGCGGCUUUCGUUCGUCAGGACAUCCGCCGCAGGCCCGGGGGAGUGAGCAAUUCGAUGAGGUCUUUCAAUCGACAGUGGGGGUUCACAAAGGUGACCAAGACACCCCCCUAGCAGGUACAUUAUUAAAACGCCAAGCAACAGGCAUCGUUAUUUGCAUGCAAGUCCGAAAGAGCCCCGGGUGAGACUCGCGUAUCACAUCCCUGGUCACCAAGGGCCGUGGAUGGAACGAGGUUGGGACUCAGCUCGACGGCCCGGGUUGCAGCAGGACGCCGCUCAUCUUCCUCCCAGCGGCAAUCGGGCCUGGUGCAAAGGAGCCAUCUCAAGGCAUGGAACCGCUCCACACACGAGCAUCCACUCUCCACUCUCCUCCCACUGCACACUGCUGGAGCAGCCCCCCCUUCCCCCCCG